GGAGGGAGAGGGACGAUCGCUGCCGACAGGUGGAGGAAAUAACGUCGGAUGAUCUACGUUAAGGAGCCAUGGACGACGACAAGACGGCUUUGUGCGAGAGUCUGAUAGUAUGGCUACAGACCUUCAACACAGCCUCACCCUGCAGAACAGCGGAGGAGCUGACCACUGGAGCAGCAAUGUCACAAGCGCUGCAUCAGAUAGACCCAGCAUGGUUCAAUGACGGGUGGCUCAGCCGCAUCAAAACAGAUGUCGGGGACAACUGGAGAUUGAAGAUGAACAACCUAAAGAAGAUCCUUCAGAGGAUGGUGGAUUAUUAUAAUGAGUUCCUAGCCCAGCAGAUCUCAGACUUCCCCUUACCAGAUCUGGCCCGGGUGGCAGAGCACUGUGACCCUUUGGAGCUGGGGAGGCUGCUGCAGCUCUUACUGGGCUGUGCUGUCAAAUGUGAACGCAAACAAGAGUACAUUCAGAUAAUCAUGACCUUGGAGGAGUCGGUGCAGCAUGUCGUGAUGACAGCCAUUCAGGAGCUCAUGAGUAAAGAGACCACGGCCUACUUUGCCGCAGAGCCGCCCGGGGACUUGGAGCAGCAGCUGAAAAGGAGCAUAGAGGACUUUGCAGGACUUUUAGCAGAGAAGGAGGAACUAGCACAGCGCUGUCAAGAGCUUGAUCUACAGGUUACAGUGCUUCAAGAGGAGCGGAACAGUUUAUUGGCUGAAAAUGAUGUUCUGACAGACCGGACAAAUCAGCUGGACUCAUUUGAUGACCCGAGUACAGUGACGGGAAGGAAACACGGCCAGCUACAGCUACAACUAGAGACGCUGCAGGAGGAGAACUUUAGGUUGGAAGCUGCUAAGGAUGACUACCGUAUCCACUGUGAAGAACUGGAAAACCAGCUGAUCGAGGUUCAACACCGCAAUGAUGAACUCACUAGCCUGGCAGAAGAAUCUCGCGCACUCAAAGACGAGCUGGACAUCCUCAGGAAUUGCUCCGACCGGGUGUUGAAACUGGAAGCAUCGGUGGAGACAUACAGGCAUAAGCUGGAGGACCUGGGUGACCUAAAGAGGCAGGUGAAGCUGCUGGAAGAGAAGAACAUGACCUACAUGCACAACACUGUCAGCCUGGAGGAGGAGCUGCGCAAAGCCAACGCUGCUCGUGCACAACUGGAGACAUACAAAAGACAGGUGCAGGAGCUGCAUAGGAAGUUGUCUGAAGAGACGAGACGGGCUGACAAUUUAGCCUUUGAGAUGAAGAAUUUUGAGGAAAAGAAUGAAGCCAUGAUGAAGGAGAGAGAGAGGAUCAUCAUUGAGAGAGACUCGCUGAAAGAGACCAAUGAGGAGCUGCGAUGCACACAGGCUCAGCAGGACCAGCUCCUACAAGCGGGGAAGUUUCCUGCCGGCAGCCCCAGCCAGGAUAACCUAGCAGCUGAGCUCAUACCCAUAGAAUACAGGGAAAAGUUCAUCAGGCUGCAGCAUGAGAAUAAGAUGCUUCGAGUGCAGCAGGAGGACUGUGAGACGGAGAAGAUUGCUGACCUGCAGACCCAGCUGGAAGAGGCACACCGGACUUGCAGCGAACUGGCCACGGAGAACAGGUUGAGCCGAGAGCAGAUCGGUGAGCUGCAGCAGCAAGUGGAGGAUCUCCAGAAGGCUCUUCAGAGUCAAGCCGCCAAGCCCGAUGAUUCAAAUCUGAAGAGAAAGCUUGAUGCGCACAUGGUCCAGCUCAAUGAGGCUCAGGAUGAAAUCAUGAAGAAGAAAGAGUUACUUGAAGACCUUCAGCCUGACAAUACUCAGACCACAUUGAAGCUGGAUGAGCUUAUGGCUUCCCUUAAGAAGAAGGAUGAUGACAUGAGGGCCAUGGAGGAGAGGUACAAAAUGUACCUGGAAAAGGCUCGCAAUGUGAUUCGAGCUUUGGACCCUAAACUGAAUCCAGCCACAGCCGAGAUCCAGGCCCUGAAGAACCAGCUGUCAGAGCGGGACAAGCGGAUUCUCAGCUUGGAACGAGAAUGUGAGCAGGCCAAGCUAAGAGAAUAUGAAGAGAAAAUGAUUGUGACAGCUUGGUAUAAUAAGAGUUUGAGCUUUCAGAAGUUGGCCAUUGAAUCGCGUCUAGGGGGCCGCUCUGGCUGUCUGGUGCCCCCAGGCCAGUCUUUCUUGUCCCAGCAGCGGCACGUCACUAAUGCCACGCGCCGGGCGUUCUCAAUCAGUGUGCCCGCCACCACCUCCAAGUAGACGCCAGUCGCCACUUCAAAGAUGAGUUGAAUGUCGUACCUUAAUUCAUAGGGGAUAGAGCUACAAAAUCUAACCCUGAAUUAGCAGCUAAACCAACUAGCCGCUCCAGGGCCCCUUGUUCUACAGACAAAUAUGUACUCAAGUGACCUUAAAGCACAUUAACUCUUGGCCCUUUGGGAGGGAUCAAUGGCGAGACCUUGCUGAUCACACAUCCCUUUUAGUUUAUAGCAUGUUGUCAGGCAACAAACAUGUACCGGCUGACCUUACAUAUACUUUGAACGCUCAACUUAAGUGGUAACCUAACUAGCUAAUUUCAGUCCAGAGUGCACUGUGCUGAUAAUGUAUAAAGAUAAAUAGUGCAUGUUCCUUCACCGUCCUGUUGUCCUACUUAGCAACUCAACCAGAAUUUAACACUUUUCUAACUAAGUAGCCUUGAUUUAUCUAAUUUCCUGUUAUGCUGUAUAACUGGGCAGGAAAGAAGGAAAAAGUUCUGAAUGUGCAGCAGUUUUGUUAAGAUUUCAAAGACCUAAAUAUCUGUGAUCUUAACAAGGCUCACUUGAACACUUAAUGUCGGUUAAAUAUACUGGAGAUGAACUUCUUUUUUUUUACAAUUGUACACUAUGCAGCUAUCUCAGUACAAGCAUUGUCAUCUGGAAAAGUAAUGAAAGAUGAAUAACCUCUUUACACUUGUUCCCCUGUCAUCUGUGAGGAAAAUGUGUCCACAGUGACAGAGUGGAGAUGCUGUUGGUGCUGGCCAUCAACGGCUGAUUUUCAGCAAAUAUAAGUGCAUUACUGAUUUUAUACUAUAUAAGGGAGCAAGCCCAUACUGCAAACCUUUGAUGAAACCGAAGAACAAGUGAAAGUAAGUGACAAAGGCUUGAGGUGCUGCAACGUCACAUCCAAAACGAAAUAAGAAAUCAAAACACUGGUGUUGUUUCACUCUUAAUUUUCUGCGCUCCUAGGCUGCAACUUGACCUUUUGACUGGCAGCAUGCUCAAAACGGGAAAUCGUCUGGCCUUCGUCUUCUUGGAAUGUGUUUUACAUAAUUUGGGAGAGUAAUGAAAAGUAUAAAAUAAGACUUUAUUCAGUGCCACUGUAAUCAUGAUUUCAACACCAGCUCUUGAUCUAAAUAUUAGAACCAGGUUUGCAUCUGCACCUGUAACAUGUAAGUUCGUUUAGCUUGACUAUAUCUGAAUUAGAUGCUCAGUGGUGAGCUUUAUGUUGUGUUUGAGCUUUGCUUUCAAAGUUCCAGUUUCAUAUGUAUGUUCAUGGUCUUAUCAAUAAAACCAAAAUCAGACUUAUUGUAUUUGGAGCCCAACAAAUGCCCUCAGAGAGUCCAUCACCUCUGUUGACGCUGUGACAACUCUUCUCUCCGAUUUUGUUUAGCUUAUAAUAUUCUGUACCCAUGAUGUCCAUGGAGAUAUGUUUCAGUGGAACUUCAUACUACAGUUAAAAGCUGUUUUGAGAUUUUAAGUGACUUGCUGACUGUCAGACAUUUUGGCGAGGCUGUAUCAGUAUAACAUUAAAUAGCUGUCAACUCAUUGUGUUUUUGCAAGAGCACUUGAAGCGCAUGUCUGCGAUGACUGUUUUGCGACCAAAAGAUUUAUUUUAAAGCUCUGUGUUUUCCCUUGCAGUAGAUGAUUCUUGUUGAUAUGUUUAUUUAGAGGCAACUCCAUUUAAAACCAAAACCGAUGAUCAAAACUAGCACUGUUCAGACUGUAUAAAAUAUGUGAAGAAUGAAUUGCAGAAUUUUAUCAAAGAAAUUGUAUAACUGAAUUUUAAAGCAUUUGGUUUUAUUUGGGAAAA